GCUCUCUCGCUGCGUUUCAGGGGCAACACCAGGGUGGAGGAAGCCUGCGAAAUGUACACCAGGGCUGCCAACAUGUUCAAGAUUGCCAAAAACUGGAGCGCUGCAGGGAACGCGUUUUGUCAGGCGGCCAAGCUGCACAUGCAGCUGCAGAGCAAACACGACUCAGCCACCAGCUUCGUGGAUGCCGGGAACGCCUACAAAAAAGCAGACCCACAAGAGGCCAUCAACUGCUUAAAUGCAGCUAUCGAUAUCUACACUGACAUGGGGCGAUUCACUAUCGCUGCCAAGCACCACAUCACCAUCGCGGAGAUCUACGAGGCCGAGCUGGUGGACAUUGAAAAGGCGAUUGCACACUACGAGCAGGCUGCAGACUAUUACAAAGGAGAGGAGUCAAACAGCUCAGCCAACAAGUGUCUGCUGAAGGUGGCUGCCUACGCCGCGCAGCUGGAGCAGUACCAGAAGGCGAUUGAAAUCUAUGAGCAGGUCGGAACAAACACGAUGGAUAAUCCUUUGCUCAAGUAUAGCGCGAAAGAGUAUUUCUUCAAAGCUGCUCUGUGCCACUUCAUUGUGGACGAGCUGAACGCAAAGCUUGCACUUGAGAAAUAUGAAGAAAUGUUCCCAGCGUUCACAGAUUCACGGGAGUGCAAGCUGUUGAAAAAACUGCUGGAAGCCCACGAGGAGCAAAACUGCGAGGCAUACACUGAGGCAGUUAAAGAAUUUGACUCAAUAUCGCGGUUGGAUCAGUGGCUUACAACCAUGUUGCUUCGCAUCAAAAAGUCAAUCCAAGGAGAAGGGGAUGGGGACCUGAAGUGAAUUGCACGUGGUAUUUGUGGCAUGCAGCCUAAGUAAUUUGUUCUUGUGUUACAGCCAAGGACCACUAUGGGAUACGUGGUAAAAUAUCUAGCUUUAUUUUGUUGCUCACAAAUCCGAUGACUUGUGUGUUUCUUUAGUAUCCUGCUCUUUGUCGUGACAACAUGGGUAGAUGAGAAGCGAUGCUCUGGGUAUGACUGGCAGAUCUUUCUGAGGUGAAAGAAGCACUUCUGGCAGAAAUCCCUUCUUGGUUUUGUUAGCUGUGAACCCGAAGUCUGCACUUGCAGCUACUGUUUUUUUCUCGCUGUUCUGUCUUAAGGCUCAGUACCGUUGACUCCAGCGUGUAAAUAUUUUGUCCACGCCAGUGCAGUACAAAUAAUGGCUUCUGAUCUGUUGCUGUAUUGUUACUGUUUUCCGUUUCUAAAUGGACCUCUGUCAGAUGCACUCGGAUCGUGUUUUUUUUUUUUUAAAUGAUGGAGCUUUCUCAAUGGUGCUAGUGAAAGGCUUUGUGACUCUCAUAUACAGCAUGCAUGUGUGUGUAUACGUCCUAUACAGAUACAUGUGUGCAUGUAUAAAUACAGAAUCCGUCAUGACCUAGUGCUGAAAGGGUUACACGCGCGGGGACGGGA